AUGCAACAACAGUAUUACGGGAAUGCCCCAUACCAAUCAAACAAUAACGGUAGUAACUUCUACCAGAAUGGGAACAAAUACAAGGGUAAACGUUGCAACAAUCAAAAUUGCGGAGGUCAGCUACCUCCACCACAACCCUAUGGGCAGCCACAACACCAGCAACAACAGCAAUACACGCCUCAGCAACAACCAUUCAUGGAACAACAACAGUACAUGCCACCAAAACAGGACUUUAGAUACAAUAACAAUAAACCAAGAAAACAAUACAAUCCACCGGUAUAUUUUACGCAGGCAAGUAAUGUACCGAUUUUUCAGCCUGGUAACCAAGUUCAGUAUCAACAAGGGUUUGAUACAAAUCAACACACACAAUGGGUAACAAACCAGCGAGAAUGGUCAAGUGAUGUGACAGAAGAAUCAAAUCAGUCGCAUCACAGGAAAGCGGAAAACUAA